GUUUUUAAAACGUAAAAUCGGACUCGUCCAUUAUAGUAACAAUAGUAAAACUACAUUUCAUUCUCCACACAAAUGGCGUUCCGACAACAAGAAGCACUUUCUCUCACAAAAAAGACAGAUCAAGAUCCUUCUCAAGAUUUUAUUUUUCGGUCCAAACUUCCCGAUAUCUCUAUUCCAAACCACCUUCCUCUCACCGAAUACGUCUUCUCCGGCCACAGAGACGGCGACUCCACCACCAAAUGUCUCAUAGACGGUGCCACCGGACGUGUCUUUACCUACGCCGACGUGCAGAUCACUUUACGGAGGAUAGCUGCCGGAAUCUACGGCAUGGGUAUCCGCCAUGGUGACACCGUGAUGCUCCUUCUCCCAAACUCGCCGGAGUUUGCUCUAUCUUUUCUCGCCGUGGUUCACCUCGGAGCCGUGUCGACCUCCGCUAAUCCGUUAUUUACCCAAACGGAGAUCGCAAAACAGGCAAAAGCCUCCGCGGUGAAGAUGAUCAUCACGAAAUCAUGUCACGUCCAUAAACUAACAAACCUACAACAGCUCGGUGUUGUCAUCGUUUGUGUGGACGACGGAAAUGACGUCGUUUCGUUAGCUGACGGUUGCGUGAGUUUCAGGGAACUGACUCAAGCGGACGAGACAAAGCUUCCUAAACCGCAGAUCUCUCCGGAGGACACGGUCUCGAUUCCCUACUCCUCCGGGACCACGGGACUACCAAAGGGAGUGAUGAUUACUCACAAGGGAUUAGUCACGAGCAUUUCUCAAAAAGUCGACGGAGAAAACCCUAAUCUUAACUUCACCAGAGAUGACGUCAUCAUAUGUUUUCUCCCAAUGUUUCACACUUUCACGCACAGCUCCUUGAUGCUUUCGGCGAUGAGGACCGGUGCGGCGUUCUUGAUCUUGCCGAGGUUCGAGUUGAAUCUAGUGAUGGAGCUGAUUCAGAGGUACAAGGUCACUGUAGUUCCGGUGGCUCCUCCCGUGGUUCUAGCGUUCGUGAAGUCCCUGGAGACGGAGAAGUACGACCUGAGCUCCGUGAGGAUGAUGCUUUCAGGCGCAGCUACGCUCAAGAAGGAGCUUGAAGAUGCCGUACGUCUUAAGCUUCCCAAUGCCAUAUUUGGUCAGAGUUAUGGAAUGACUGAGGCAGGAACAGUGGCUAACUCUUUGGCAUUUGCAAAGAGCCCGUUUAAAACUAAGUCCGGUUCGUGUGGGACUGUGAUCAGAAACGCAGAGAUGAAAGUGGUCGAUACAAUUAGCGGAGUCUCUUUACCACGCAAUAAACCUGGCGAAAUAUGCAUUCGAGGCGAUCAACUCAUGAAGGGUUAUUUGAAUGAUCCGAUAGCUACUGUCCGAACCAUAGAUAAGGAUGGGUGGUUACACACAGGAGACAUUGGGUUUGUUGAUGAAGACGAUGAGAUCUUUAUUGUUGAUCGGUUGAAGGAACUCAUCAAAUUCAAAGGCUAUCAAGUGGCUCCAGCUGAGCUUGAAGCAUUGCUUAUUUCUCAUCCUUGUAUCAAAGAUGCUGCUGUUGUCGCAAUGAAGGAUGAAAUAGCUGGUGAGGUUCCUGUAGCGUGUGUGGUUAAAUCAGAAGGAUCUAAACUAACUGAAGAAGAUGUCAAGAACUAUGUCAACAAACAGGUGGUUCACUACAAGAGAAUCAAGAUGGUGUUAUUCGUAAAAUCUAUACCAAAAUCAGCUUCCGGAAAGCUUUUGAGAAAGGUUCUUCGAGCUAAACUGUAAGCCGAGUUUCCUAAACUAAACAGAUAAAAGAGAGUUUUCAAAUGUGUGUGUAAGAUCGGAGAUUGAUGUCUUAGAGAAGUAAUAAGUAACAACUAUUUGUCAUCUCACUUGGGUGUUGAAGCAUCAAUCAUGUAAAGAUAAAAGGGAUUUUUACAUUCAUC